CUAGUAAAUCCCAAAUCCUUUUAUCUAUAAAAAGCUACACAGUCUGUAAGCUUCUUCAAUAUUCAGAGUUUCAAACAAACCCAUGGCUUCUCUUUCUUCUCUUAACUCCAUUUCUAGUGCUUCUUCAACUAGGUCCCUAUCCGCAAGCCAUAGUUCCUCUCCAAAGAAAACACAGAUUUCUGUGGUCCGUAAACCCAAACAUAAUCAUGUUAGGGUGAUCGAGUGCAGAGCUAAUAAAGAUCAUGAUCGUGAAAAUGAAACUACCAGCUUCAUUGAUAGAAGAAAUAUGCUUCUUGGUCUAGGAGGUUUAUAUGGUGCAAUAACAGCUGGGUUUGGUGCUGACCGUAUGGCCAUGGCGGCUCCAAUAGCUCCACCCGACUUAUCAAAAUGUGGUCCAGCAAAUCUUCCGGCUGGGGCGACACCAAUAAAUUGUUGUCCACCACCAGACACAAAGAUCGUCGACUUCCAAGUACCAUCUUCUUCAACUCCUCUUAGGAUCCGUCCAGCUGCUCAUUUAGUUGAUGAAGCUUAUAUUGCGAAAUAUAACAAAGCCUAUGAACUCAUGAGAGCUCUACCCGAUGACGAUCCACGUAGUUUUAAACAACAAGCUAAUGUCCACUGUGCUUAUUGUGAUGGUGCUUACGAUCAAGCUUUAGCUGGUUUUCCUAAGUUGGAAAUUCAAGUUCAUAAUUCAUGGUUGUUCUUUCCAUUCCAUAGAUAUUAUAUUUACUUCCAUGAGAAAAUCUUGGGCAGUUUAAUCGGUGAUCCAACCUUUGCUUUGCCUUUCUGGAAUUGGGAUUCUCCCGCUGGUAUGAAAAUGCCUUCUAUGUAUGCAAAACCAAGUUCUUCUCUUUAUGAUAAACUUCGUGACGUUAAACAUCAACCACCCUAUCUACUUGAUCUUAAUUACAAUCUUGUCGAUUCUAAUCUCCCUGCUACACAACAAUAUACAAGUAAUCUUACUACCAUGUAUCGUCAAGUGGUGUCUGGAGGAAAGACAGCAACACUUUUCCUUGGAUCCCCAUACCGAGCCGGUGGAGCAGCGAAUCCUGGUGCAGGAACACUUGAGAAUGUUCCACAUGGUCCGGUUCAUAUUUGGUCAGGAGAUAGAACCCAACCUAAUAUCGAAAACAUGGGUAAUUUCUAUUCUGCAGCUAGGGAUCCAAUCUUUUUCGCUCAUCAUUCAAACUGUGAUCGGAUGUGGACCAUAUGGAAAAGUUUGGGAGGAAACCGAAAGGAUUUCACUGAUCCUGAUUUCUUAAAUGCUGCUUUUCUUUUCUAUGAUGAGAAAAAACAGCUCGUGAGAGUAACGAUCAAAGAUUGUUUGGAACAAGAGAAUCUAAGAUAUAAGUAUCAAGAUGUGGAAAUUCCAUGGGUACAAACAAAACCUAAAACUCCUAAAGCAAGGAAGGUGGAAAAGAAAGUAGCAAAGAAAAAAUCCGUGGGCACGACUAAAUUCCCGAUAAUACUCGAUAAGACUGUACAAGUUUUGGUUAAAAGGCCUAAGACAAAGUCAAGAAGCAAGAAAGAAAAAGAAGAUAAAGAAGAGAUAUUGAUUAUAAGCGGCAUUGAGCUUGAAAGAGGUGCUCUUGUAAAAUUCGACGUUUUUAUCAAUGAUGAAGACGAAGUUGGCCCCGAAUCAAGUGAAUUUGCAGGCAGUUUUACUAAUGUACCACAUAAACAUGGAAAGAAAGACAAGAAAAUCAAGACUUGUUUGAGGUUAGGAAUCACUGAUAUUCUUGAAGAUUUAGACGCUGAAGAUGAUGAUGAUGUUCUUGUUACUAUAGUGCCCAGAGAUUCCGGAAGAGAGAAAGAGGUUGUUACUAUUGAAGGUAUCGAGAUCGAGUUUGAUUGAUAUAUCUUGAUUGAUUGAUCGUAAGAUGUUUGUGUUUUCUAUGUUUAUUACUGUAGCUGGUUUAUUUUCCUUUGAUGUAUGCGUGUGUUGUCGUAAUAAAUUUAUUGGUCAAGGUGUAUAUGGCCCUUGACCCAUUUGGCAUAUAUUCAACGUCUUAAAUG